AUGAUUCACCAAGGAGACAACAUCUUGUAUACCCGCAUUGAGUCCAAGCCCAGCGUUGGGGGUGAAUCGAUGGCACGCAUCCCCUACGAGGGCGACUCGGCCGGCAAAACUCCAGGUUUCUGCCGCAGCGACACCUUCUCCAAGGUUAUUCAUCCCCGAGACGAAAGUUGGGUCCUCUGCGUUGCUUGUGAUAUCAUUGGCAGAAUCGAGUGCAUUUUGGCCGCUCACAGUCUGCAGAAGGUCGAGCCUGAGACCCCGUAUGAUGGUGCUGAUCCUGGAGUGGACACCAUCAGCACCAAUGAUUAG